AUGGCCUUCCUCUCCACCGCGCAGACCCUCCUGCCGUCUCGCGAAGACGCGGCAUCCACGCAGAUCCUCCACGGCGCCCUGCUCCUGGUCUACGGAUGGGUGGUGUACCAGGUAUCCCGAGCCGUCUGGCACAUCUCGCCGUUCCACCCGCUGAGCCACAUCCCGGGCCCGAGGCUGGCGGCCGCGACGUACCUCCCGGAGUUCUGGUACGACUGUGUCAAGUUCGGGCGCUAUACCUCCCAGAUCGCGAGGUGGCAUGAUAUAUACGGCCCUAUCGUCCGCAUCAACCCCGACGAAGUCCACUGCAACGACUCGCGCUUCGUCGACGAGAUCUACGCGGUGGGCGGCCGAAAGCGUAAUAAGCCGGCCCAUCAAGUCAGCAUGGUCACCCAAUUCGCCGGCUUCAACACCGUGGACCACGACCUGCACCGUCAGCGGCGCGGCCCCCUCGCCAAGUUCUUCUCGCGCGCGCAGAUCGCGCGGCUCGAGCCCGAGGUCGAGCGGAUGGUGCAGACGCUGUGCGACAAGAUGCUGAAGCUGGGCACGAGAGCGGGCGCGGGCCCCUUCGACGUGCAGACGGCCUACAGCUGCUGCACGACCGACGCCAUCUCGGCGUACUGCUUCGGCGACAGCUUCGGCUUCCUCGCGCAGGAAGGGUGGGAGCCGAAUUUCCGGCGCCCGCUGUACUCGAUGCUGCGCACGAUAUUCUUCUUUCGCUUUUUUGCGUGGGUUAAGUAUUUGGUUCCUUUGAGUGGGAUGUUCAUGAGGUUCAUGCCCGAGGACACGGCGAUAUUCCUUCGUACUCUGGGGACCGACAUCCCCCUUCUCGUAAACAAAGCCAAGUCCGACCUCUCCUCCGACAACUCCCCCUCCCCCUCCCCUUCCCACCCCCGCCCCACCGUCUUCGCCUCCCUCCUAACCUCCCCCCUCCCCGCCCGCGAGAAGCGCGUCGCGCGCCUGACCGCCGAAGCCGCCGCGUUGAUCGGCGGCGGCACCGAGACCGUCAGCUGGGCGCUAUCCGUCGCAACCUACCACCUCCUCACCAAACCCGACGUCUUGGCGCGCCUGACCUCCGAGCUAAAGACUGUUGUCGACGAUCCGUUGAGGUUGCCCUCGUGGACGGUGUUCGAGAAGCUGCCGUACGCGGGCGCGGUGGUCAGCGAGGCGCUGAGGCUGUCGUACGGGGUGUCGUCGCGGACGGCGCGGGUGCCGGUGGAGGAGGCGAUCGUGUGGAGGGGGCGGUGGAGGAGGAGGGGUGGUCCUAACAGAAGCAGCAACAGCAGCAGCAAGAGCAACGAGAAGGAAUGUGAGGGAGGAGUAGAGCUCGAGUACGUGAUCCCGCGGGGCUACGCGAUCGGCAUGUCGGCCGCCAUCAUGCACCACGACGAGAGCAUCUUUCCAGACUCGCACGCGUUUCUGCCGGAGCGGUGGCUCGAGGCCGAUGGGGUCACGAGGCGCCGGGACCUGGAUAAGGGGUUCAUGGCGUUUGGCAAGGGGAGUCGGGCGUGUGUGGGGAUGAAUCUCGGUCAGUGCGAGCUAUAUCUCAUGCUCGCGGCACUCACACUGCGAGUGUUCCCACGCAUGCGCUUGCAUGACACUACGGAGGAAGAUAUCAGGUAUGACCAUGACAUGCAAGUACCCAUGACUAAAGAUGGUAGGGGCGUGAGGGUGGUUAUCAUAUAA